UGCGUUAGUCCAGUACAGAGGGCAGCCAUUUUACACACCAGCCUCUGUGUCCACUCCCAGACAAGGACACACACACACACACACACCAACAAACACACUCCCAAGUUCUACAGCUGUCAUGGACCAGGAAAGAGUCAGGGGCUGGGCUCUACCCUACCAAGCAUGAGAAGCUGGAGCCAGCGAUUCAAGAAAGGAGUCGGUGAGAACAUGGCUGAGUAUUCGUCCAGGCCUGGCAAUGCACCUACCCCCGUUUGGGUGUCACACACGCCCACCCCGGACCACCUAUCAGACGUGGUCGAGGACGACCCUGCAGACUCCUCUGAAUACACAUCCAGCACUCCGGAUAAAAACAUGAAAGACAGACUCAGAUCCCUGCUUCCCAAGACCCUGGGGAGAUCCAUCCGGAGUUGGACGAAGGGGCGUGAGGAUGUGAGCUCCGGCGGGGAAGAGAUCCCCCCGGACGGCACCAGGGUGAGCCCCCCCGUGAGCCCCCUGAUGGAGCGCAGGCUCUGGGACGGCCAGGGGGACGAGGGCGCCGGCUCUCUGGCCGCCUCCAGCCAGGGGUCCUACAAGCCCUUGCUGCGGGACAACAGGGACCUGUACGCCGGCGAGGAGUCCGUCCUCACCAGCAUCCACCCGGCCGAAUACUACGCCGAGAAGGUGGAGUUGUACAAGCUCAAGUACUCCUACCUCAAGUCGUGGCCCGGGCUGCUGCGGCUGCUGGCCGGCAUGGAGCUGCUGUUCGGGGGCAUGGUGCUCGCCUGCGUCAUCGCCUACGUCCAGAAGGACGGCGAGUGGGACGACUCCUACGGCAAGCCCAACGGUUACUACAACAACGGCCAGGGUCUGUCGGGGUACUCCUACGGGGGGCCCAUGACCCCCUUCGUCCUGGCCGUGGCCGGCCUGUCCUGGGUGGUGACGCUGAUCCUGCUGGUGCUGGGCAUGACCAUGUACUACCGCGCCAUCCUGCUGGACUCGGCCUGGUGGCCGCUGACCGAGGCCCUGGUCAACGUGGCGCUGUUCCUGCUCUACAUGGCGGGCGGCAUCGUGUACGUCAACGACCUGAACCGCGGCGGGCUGUGCCACAUGACGGUGGGACUCAGCCCCGUCGUGGCCAACCUGUGCCGGGUGGACGGCGGGCAGAUGGCGGGCACCACCUUCAUCUUCAUCGUCAUGCUGAUGUACCUGGUGGGCUUCAUGGUGGCGCUGAAGAUGUGGCGCCACGAGGCCACGCGGCGCGAGCUGGAGAGCUUCAGGCUGGAGGAAGAACAUCCUGAAACCGUCCCAAUGUCUAAAAAGAAACCAAAGAAGAUCUCCUUUAAAGAUGAUGCAGGUUACACCAGCAAGAAACCACACUCACAGGACUACCACACCCCGAACUACAGCACGCCCAUCAAGGCCGACUACGGCACGAAGUACCCGGAGAUCACCUCGGCUGAGGAGCGGGAGAGAUACAAGGCCGUGUUCAACGACCAGUACCCGGAGUACAAGGACCUCCACAGAGACAUCACUCACACCUUGCAGAAGUUUCAGGAGCUGGACGACAUGAUGGACGGCCUCCUCAGGAACAACAGCAGACGAGACGAACAGGAGAGAAUUCAAAGAAUGUUGCUCACAUAUGAAGAGAAGAAGAAGGACCCUGCUUUCCUGGAGAAGAGGGAACGCUACAGGUCCAUGAAAGACAAGCUGAGCCACAUCAAGAACAGGAUUCGAACCUUCGACACCAUGGAGAGCCGUGGCAUGACGACGAGGCCUUUCCUUCCUCCGUCCCCCGGCCGGCGUCGUAUCCAUGACCACCGGGCCACCAUGUACGAGCCCCAGCAGUACGACAGCCCACCGGUGUACAGCCCCCCGUACAGCGCCUCCCUCAGCCUCUACCCCCCUCGGAGCGUCCAUUCCCCCCGCAGCGGGCAUGCCCCGCACCCCUCCCAGGGGCGGCCCCGGGGCCCGCAGCCGCCCCCCGGCUCCUACUACAUGGACGAGCAGGGCGGGGACCACCGGCCCCAGGACUUCCACCGCUGGUUCUCCCCGCCCGGCUUCGUCAAGACCUUCCAGGCCGCCACGGUGAUCAUGUGCUUCGUGAUCUUCGCCUGCGUGGCGUCCACCCUGGUGUGGGACAUGCAGGGCCUGGGCUACGGCAGCGGCGGCGGCGGCGGCUACGGCGCGGGGAUGGGAGGGGGCGGGGCGGCGAGCGGCGUGGGCUCUGGGUACUACGGCGGCAGCUACGGCUACGCCAAUAACUACAUGACGCCGUACUCGGCCAAGUCGGCCAUGAUCUCCAUGGCAGCCAUCAACUUCCUGGUGGCCCUGGGCUUCCUGGUGGGCAGCUUCUCGCGGUCGCGCGCCACGCGGGGCCGCGGGUUCUACCUGGCCGUGUUCAUCUGCGACAUCAUCCUGGCCGUGCUACAGGGCAUCAUGGACAUCAUCUUCGUGAUCGGGGUGAACCCCAUGUCCCAGAGCUCCCAGAGCAUGCUGUACAACCCCAUGCUGAUGAUGUGUCAGAACAUCAAGGGGAGCCCCAGCAUCAGCGCCGCCGCGGGCUCGGGCUACCCAGGAGGCUUCUCCCUGUACAACCAGUACCUGCACCACUACUGCUACAUGGACCCUGAGGAGGCGGUCGCCCUGGUACUUGGUCUGAUGGUCGUGCUGGCCCUGUCUCUGUCUGCGUACUACGCCUACAAGACCCGCAGUAAGAUCUGGCGCCAUGGCAAGCCCAACAUCACCUGGGACCCCCCGCUGGUCGCCCUCCAUCCGCAGGACGUCCAGGACUGGGUGAACCAUGUGGGAGAGGGGCGGAGCACCCAGCAGGCCCCGACCGUCGUCCUAUCAGAGAGAGCCGCGCCGGACCUCCGGGCUGGGAACGUCUCCGUCGCCCACGGCAACGCAGCACUCAGCGUCUACAGCGAAGCGGGUGCUUACCUCAGCGGCAACAACACCAACAGCCGGGCCCCUGAGCCCCUGUACCAGAACGUGGGGGUCCCGGCCAGCUCCCACGGCUCGGAGGAGGAGGAGGAGGAGGAGGCCAACAGCAUCAGGAAGCCUCCCCAGUAUGAGGAGAGGGCCCGGGGCCCCGAGCGGAGCGUGAGCCCCCCUGCCCGGGACGUGGCCCCGUCCCAGUAUGAGAGCGGCUACACCCCCGGUGGGGAGACUGGGAACGAGCUGGACCAGUAUCUGAGAGAUCACCUCUACAGGUUGUACCCCGAGAUCACGUCGGAGGAGCAGAGGAAGCGCUACAAAGGGGAGUUUGACGCAGAGCUGGCCCACUACAAGAGGCUCUGCGCCGAGAUGGACGACAUCAGCGCGCAGAUCCACAAGCUGGGCCAGGAGCUUGACCGACUGCAGGAGGGCUCAAUCAAGUACCAGGGUGUCGCAGAUGAAUACAACCGAUUGAAGGACCUUAAAACCUCACCAAACUAUCAAGGAAAGAAAAAACGUACCAAAGAACUGAGUCAAAAACUCUCCCAUCUAAAGCGGCUAGUAAAGAACUUUGACCUUCACGUUUGAGGAACCGGCUACGCUCGAAGACACAGCAGCAAGCGGAAAUGAGGGUGACUGCAAAUGUUCUUUUUUGAUGGUGAACUCUGUAAAUUACUUUGGAAUUCAUCGGUUUUGCCGAAGCUCAAUAGCUUUGAUCUGUUGUGAGUUCCCAUUAUAAACCCCAUUAAUAGCAGACAUUCCAGAACGUGCCAGUGGAAACCGAAAUGCAAAUGAAAGGCAGAAACUUACUUAAUGUGUAGGAGGCCUCCCUCAAGCCUGAUACUACUGCAAAGGGUUUAGCUUUUUGGAGAAGCAGAAUAACAAAAUGCUAAGUUUAUUGGAAAAUGUAAUGUCAAAGAAAACAUGAAACUCACGAGUCUACCUCUACUGCCCUGGGCCACAUAAGUGUUUAUUUUGUGUUCUUAAUGCUUUGCAAGUGCAGAUUAAUUGAAAACACAAAGCAUGUGAUGUUUUGAAUCUUUAAUAAUGCUUUCAUACACUUAAAAUUUUAAAACUAGAGAACUAAGAACCCAAAGAUAUAGGAAAACAUUAAUUGUACAUCUUGUUUUUUUCCUCAGAGGAUUUAGAGUAAAACAAAUCAAAAUCAGAAUGCAAUAAAAGGUAUUGCCGAGAA